UUUUGUAGGCGAAUGUAAACAAACCAAUAAUAAGAAGAAGCAUAUAAAUAAAAUCAUAAAAAAUAUAACUUUCAUUGAAAAAUAUACAACAUUUUAUUAAAAAACUAACAAUGGCUGUUUGCAUUUCAAUAAUUGGCAAGGAUAACGCCCCUCUUUACUUGUCCACCACGGACAUGGACAAGGAGUUGGAGCUGCAGUAUCGUGUACAUGCUGCCCUUGAUGUUAUAGAAGAGAAAUGUCAACCGGUUGCUAAGGGCACACCGGAAAGUAAAGAAGUUUAUUUGGGACAAUUAUAUUCGACGGAGACACACAAAAUUUAUGGCUAUGUGACAAAUAGUAAAAUCAAGUUUAUACUGGUUAUAGAUUCGGGAAAUAUUGCCUUAAGAGAAAAUGAAGUUAGAGCGAUGUUUCGUAAUCUUCAUAUGCUUUACACCGAUGCUGUUUGUAAUCCCUUUUACUUACCCGGCGAACCGCUUAACUCCAAAAAAUUCGAUCGUUCCAUACAGAAACUUAUGAGUGGUAGUAUUUAAACAAAAUUUUUAAUAAAAAACAUCUUAAAAUAAA